AUGGGUAUAGCAAAAGAUCCCGCAACAAUAUUUGGACCAAUUACUUUGUAGUGUUUUGUUGUACCUUGUCUCUGAUAGGACAUUAUACGUGGAAGAAUACAUUAAAAAAAUAGGAUGUUCUUCGGUUUCCGAGAAGCCAUUUUGAGAACAUGUUUCGGGCGCAAUGUCCUAUGACGAUGAAGAUGCUGAAACCAACGAAAAUUGUUACAAAUCUGUGUGUUUCUCCCUCCGUCUCCAAUAUCUCGAUACCAUGGCAGCAGUCAACCGGCGGGAUGAUAAUAACAAAGCGGGGUAUCAAGCUGUGCUUGCUGGGUUAAUACGUCAUUGAAAUGAGAGAGGAGAAAGAAUGUCUGUUGCCUGUCUCUGUUUGAGACUUGUAACGGUUACCGUGAGUUUUUUCCAGUCUCCAUGAAAUCUACCAGCAUUUCUCACGACACAACCCAACACCAACGGUCUCAGACUGAAUAGCCUACAACAACUCAGUCUUGUUUCGAAAGGAGAAAGGCAUUUCCAACCGUUGUUCUUUCCACCUACCGUCCAUGGCUUCUGUGAGCCUGGUCUCCAGUCCCCCAACCCCCGUUGUUGUUCUUGACAAAAACAUGACAGACUCUGAGCUUGCAGAGGAGGAAAGAGAGGAUGGUGAAUUGGAAGAUGGAGAAAUAGAUGAUGAAGGGAUUGGGAUUGAAGAGGAGAGCAAAGAAGAAGUCAAAGAAGUGAAUGAAGAAAAGGAAGAGAAAGUAAAAGAAAACGAGAAAGAAAAGGAAAAAGACAUAGAGAAAGAAGACAAGACACACAGGCACUCCAGAAAAAGAUACAAAAAAACAAGAGAGAAGAGGAGGUCAAAGAGAAGGAGACGCGACAGUCGGAAACAUCACUCCCCCUCCAGUAGCUCCAGUUCUGACAGCUAUGAGUCUUCCCUGGAGAGACCAGAGAGAGACAGGCCCAAGAACAAGAAGAACCAAGACAGGUCACACCGUGGUGGUGACUAUGAUGGCCAGUCAGCUCAGCAUGGGUGUGAUCCAUCAAGUGGUGGCCAUGGCAACCCACAGAGGUCAGAGAGGUCAGCAGGCCGACACAGGAGUGGUAGUGGUGACUAUGACAAGUACAGCGACUACAGCGAAGACAAGUAUGACUAUGAGGGCGAGGGGGGUGAUUAUGAUGAGGAGGAGAUGUGGCAGGGGAAAGACUCUAUAUCUCCUAGCCAAGGCCUGGGCAGGGGACGCGGUUCCAAGGACCAGAUGAAGAGGGGUGGCAUGAAGGGCAUGCAGAAACAACAACAGCAGCAGUUUGGUGGUCAGCGGGGGCGGGGCAGAGGAGGUGGAGUGGGAGGAAGGGGGCGGGGAAACAUGCUCAACAAGAACAACAAGAAGCAGAUGCAGCAGAUGAAGGGCAACAAGAACUGGGGGCGUGGCCGGGGGCGAGGCGGGGGGGCCGAGCAGGCCGGAGAGGGGAUGAAGCAGGAGGGUAGUGGGAAGGGCCCUCCGGGUGGUUUUCAGAAGAAGCGUCCCAUUAUGACCAAGGAGUUCAUUAACCAACACACGGUGGAACACAAUGGGAGAUACAUCUGUAAAUACUUCCUGGAGGGACGAUGUAUCAAGGGGGACCAGUGUAAGUUUGAACAUGAGCUGGUUACUCCAGACAAGAAGAAGGAGCUGUGUAAAUUCUACCUCCAAGGAUACUGCAGUAAAGGAGACAACUGCAUCUACAUGCACAGUGAAUAUCCCUGUAAGUUUUUUCAUACUGGAGCCAAGUGUUAUCAGGGAGACAACUGUAAAUUCUCGCAUGAUCCUUUGAAUGAUGUGACCAAAGACCUGCUUGAUAAGAUAAUCAACACAGAGGAGGAGAUCGCCCAUGAAGAUGAGAUGGAGUUGGAGGACCUGAGGAAACAGGGGAUUGCCCCCCUGCCUAAACCCCCUCCUGGGGUGGGGCUGCUGCCCACACCGGGUCCCGGUGGUCCUGGGUCUGGAGGUCCUAACCCUGGUCCUGGACCCUCCAGCCCACAGGAGGGGGGAAGCAGUGGGGGGAACUCCGGGGGAAAGAAGAUCCCCUCUCUGUUUGAGAUUGUGGUGAAACCUACAGUGGACCUGGCUCAGAAGAUUGCUCAAAGUGGAUCCAACUUCAACUGUCAGUCUGGAGGCCAGUUUCAGGGUGAUGAGUUUGGUGUAGGGGGGCCCGAUGACAACAUACAGCAGAGUGGACCCAAUGGCCCACCCCCUGUCCUCCCUCCGGGGUCUCCCCCUGGCUCCAUGGGGGGUCCCUCUCCUCCCUAUCCAUCCCACACUGGGCCACCAAUGCAGCAACAGCAGAACCCCCCUGGACAGCACCCCCAACACCAACCACCCCAUGGGUUCCCCAUGCCACCACCUCCAGGUCCGCCACCACCCUUCCUGGGUCACCGACCAAAUAUGAACUUGAACCCCAAUAUGAACAUGAACCUCCAGAGGCCCCCUCCACCGUUCCCUCCAUUCCCAGACCCCAUGCAGAUGCUUCAGAACAUGAACGUGCCGUUCCAAACCAUGGGAGCCGUGGGCCAAAACCCUGCAGAGUUCUUUAACAACUUCUUCAGGAACCAGGCCCAGGCCAUGGGCCAAGGAGACAUGGGUAUGCCUUUCAGUCAGAACACCUCCCAACAGCAGGGGAGCGCUGACUCCCAAAUGCUGUCCCAGAUGCAGGGUCUACCCCCUGCAGUACAGAAGGCCCUGCUCCUACACCUACAGCAGCAGCAAGGCAGUGAGCCACAAGGUUUUGAGGAACAAGGUGGCAAAACCCCCAAAGAUGACUCUACUAACUGGUAUUCCAGUGAUGACGAGGAUGGGAACUGUGUCACGGCCAUUCUUAAGUCUCUGAAGAAACAGAAUGAGAAGCUCCAGCAGGGGCCACAGUCCAUCAAACACCCCUCUGUUCCCCAGUUGGCCCCUGGAGACCCCAGGCUCCAGAAGGAGCGGGCCCCACCCAGCGACCCCCGUAUGAAGGCAGCAGACCCCCGCCAGAGACCACCAGACAUGAGGAAAGAGCCCGACUCCAGCGGGGGCCCCAGACAGGCCAGGGACCCCAGGAAGGUGAGGCCCCUGGAGCCACCCAACUCCUUCAAACCAGAGCUCCACCACCAUCGCCAGCAGCAGCACCACCACCACAAUAAGGCUCCAGCCAGAGAGGAGGAUGAGGAUGGGGAGAGGGAGCUAAGAGAGCGGGUUGCUCUCAUCCCUUUGGAUUCCUGCCCAGGGGUGAUGCUCCGCGACCCACGCUGCCAGCUGCAGCAGUUCAGCCACAUCCGUGUAGACGUUGUGUUACAGCGCCCAGCCUAUGCCUCAACCGUGGUCUGGUCGGCUGAGGAUCUCAUCCCCUCACUGGUGCCCAAACAGGAGCACUCCAUCAAUCUACCUCUACCGCCCCUCAUCGCUGACGCACAGAUGAACCGAACCAACAAUAGGACCAGGACUUUAUCCCCUGACCACUCCACCAUAACCACCUCCACCACCCCUCCACACAUGGACCCUCGCCUGGUCGCUGCCCGUCUGAAGGAGGGUGUGCUGGGUGUGGGGGUUGGACUAGGCAGGCUCCCCUCCAGGACACUGGAGCCCAGGGGGUCAACAGAGAGGUUGUUGGAUCCCAGGCAACACAAGGCCCUGGGUGUGGACCCCCGGAUAGGUCGGUCAGGUAGUGUGGACACUAAGCUCCCUAUCCUGAGGGAGACGGAGAGAGGUGGUGGGGGAGGUGGGGGUGCUGGAGGAGACCCCAGGUUGCAGAGGAGCAGUGCUAGUGGAACCUCUUCCUCCAAAACCACUACGUUAACAUUUUCAGCCCCGGCGCCAGCUCCAUCUAAAUCUGAGGCUGAGAAGCCAGAGAAGCUGUGUCCGUACGCCCCAGGGCGCCUGUCCUCCUCCGGUGGUGGGUUAGAGAGCCCCACCACCUCCACCCUGCUAGGGGGCAUCAGCCUUUAUGACCCCAGAAACCAGGCACCACAGCAGGGCCAGCGGGACGAGACAGAGCCCCCGAGGAAGACUGGGAUCCUCAAACUACCAGCCAAGAGAGAAAACAACACUAACACUAAAACUCCACCAUCAUCCUCGCUCUCGCCAACGCAGCGAUCUGGAGGGUCUGUAUCCACACAGGAUGUCAAGGGCGGUACCGAGAGCGCCAUGGAUGGGUCUGGGUCCAAAAGUCGUCCACCUCCUACCCUCUCCUCUGCUCCUACAGUGACAAUGUCAGGGUCGGAGCCUCCCAGCUCCCCAGUCAAAUCCUCUGCCCCCGCGGUCCACCACCUACCCAUCCAGGCCCUCGCAGGCCUGAUCAGGCCCCCCUACACAGACCCCAGACAGGUCAAACAGGUAGAGAAGGAGGCCAAGCAGCAGGAGGAGAAGGAGCUGGAGGAGGAGAAGGGAGAAGAGAAGGUGGAGGAAGCAAAGGAGAAGGAGGAGACAGAAGACGAUAGGCCGCUGAAAGACGUAUUCAAGACCUUCGACCCCACUGCCUCCCCUUUCAGUCAGUAAAUACUCUUAUUUUGAAAUAUAUAAAAACACUCCUGUGUUGCAAUGUUUCUAAAUAUAUUGACAACCUAGUAAAAUAUACUGUAUGUUCUGUACAUUUAUUAGAAACUUGUAUCAUUAUUAUUGAGCUUUACAUAUUUAUUUCACCUGUAUAUAAAACUGUCUGUUCUUCAGGAUCUGUUGAGAAUAGACUCACGUGUCACUAAAUGUAUUGUACAUUGAUAGAUAGUCCCUGUCUGUCGCUUCAAGACAGAUAUUUGAUCAUGUUAUUAUACAGUAUAUGGCUACCAGUCAUGGCAGCAUAGACAGUAGGGUAGAUGCUGGCUGUGCAAAGACUUGGUUCAUGUACAGUAUAACUAUCUUAAGUCUAUAGGGAUGUUAUUGGUCUUUGAAAGGGAGUUAAGAUAUGGACAGUAUUAAGGGUUUAACUUUCAUAUCAAAAUAUGUAAUAUUAAGGAACUGUAUUAAUGGUUGUUUUAUGAAACAGUACAGUAUUUUCGGCCAGGUCUACACCUUUUGAAAAAAAAACAUUUAAAAAACAAACAAUACAGUCCUAUAUACCAGAACACUAAGUAAACCUAGAAUCUCAGCUAUUUUUCCUUUUGAUCUUAUAUUUUAAUAUUAUUUACAGACUCUUUUACAUUUGUGUUCCAUGCUCACUAUGGUGGUUAAGAAAUGAGAAUAUUGAAAGUGGGUGUAACAUGGGUUUCAUUUGGUCCAUUUUGUGUGAUUAUGUAUGGUGCUACAUUUGAAAUUGACUGAAUUGAAUUUAUUUUUAUUAUAUGCUAUUAGGUCACAUUUUAAAUGGCUUGUUUCGUAUCAUAAACGCAGUGUUUUUUUAUGAAUGGUGUAAUCUGGGUUAUGUCAUGUUUGUUUUAUAAUGUCAAUAUGGUUGAUCAGAUAGUCUAAAUGGUCAAACUCAAAGAUGCUCAUCAUGUUGAAAUGCCUUUUUAAGCAGUGUCUUUCAAAAAGAAAAUCCAUACAUGACAUCCUCCUUUAUGUUGUGAGAUGUAUUUAUGUAUAGCCAAAGGACAUGUACAUUACUUAUAUUCCUCUUUUAUUCCCCCCAAUACAUAACAACAAUAUACAGUCACAAACAUCACCCCUGCCUAGACCCUCUCACACCCCCAUCUCCAGCAAUACUCUCCGCCAGGCCACACGCACUUUCAACAUUUAGAUAAUAAAGGAUUUGACUUUU